GGCGAAGUGUGAGUAAAAAGCUGGAAAGACGAGUUACAUUGAGCGAAGACAAAGGCGCCGAAGCAAAAGACCAGAACGACAUGCAUCACUACGAAUUGGAUAAUGCCAAUAAAAACGAAAUCAUCGAUAACUCCCUAAUAGUUGAUGAAAGCCAAAGAAACGAAUUCAUUACGGAUCAACACCAAAACGAAUUAAGACGGUGUAGUUCGGAAAUAUCAACCCAAUGUGAUGCAGAUAUAAAACCAUGCCAUUGUACUGAAUUUGCCGAACAAUUCAAGCGCAUCGAGAGAGACAUUGAAAGUCUAAAAAACAGACUAGAAAUUGAUGAGGGAGAAGAAAUUGUGUUGGCCUAUAAUACUGGCACAUGUCUAAAGGAAAAGGUUCAACUAAGAAAUAAUUUGGAAAGUGCUAACGCAAAAAUAAAAGAUUUAGAGGCGAAAAUUGAGUUGCUUGUAUGUGAGAAGAAAAGCCUGACGACGGCAAUUAGAAUAAUCCAAGAAGACAAUAGCCAACAAAAUAACAAUAACUGUAUUGAAAAACAAGAAAGCCCGUGGGUUAAAGUUGAAGAUAAACAACUUAAGAAAAAGAAAAAGAAGCGUAAACAUCGUGAGGCCAAGAAAUCGCCACAACACACUGCUGCAAAAUCGGAAGAACAUUUGCCACAAAUAUCAGAAGAAACACAAAUUGUUCAGGCUAACGACAUAUUAAAUGACCAGACGAGAGUCAAACAAAAGAAAGACGACCCUGUCGGAACGAAAACCUACAAGAGCACUAUGUCUACAGUGUCAGUUGUGGGCGACUCCAUGAUUAA